AUGGCGGGCAACGAAAUCGACAAAAGCGCAAAGCACCUCAUCUCCACCGUCAUCAAUAACGCCAUCUCUAAACUUAUGAAGAACAUGCGAAACGGAAAUCCCUGCCUCAGACUCUCUCAAAGCGCCCUCUGGGCCGCCGACGGUCCUAUCCCACCUGACGGCGGUUUCGACAACUUGGAUCUGAGAAUUCAGAAGAUCUGCGCGAUCGAGACACAACUCAACACCUGCUUCGCCACAGUCCUAGCCUCAGACUCCCUCAGCGCGCAGGAAGCGCUCUGCAUGCCGAUCGAACUCCUUAGCGCCAUCGAGUACUUCUUCAAGAGCUGGAAUCUCGUCUCGUUGGACCGCUUCCAACAGCUGGCGCGGCGCAAGCUCGAUGACACUAAGAGCAGCUCUUUGACCAAACCCAUCAUCAUCGCCAUGGAAAGAGACCUCGCAGACGGAAUGCUCUUCUCCUUCAAGAAGAGGCCCGCGAAAUUCUCCAGCAGCCGCAUCCCCGCUUCGUGCGCAGCAUCAAGCGAUGACGCCGACGUCGAUGCCACCAUCAACUCCACGUCCAAGCCCACUCCCAUGCCCGACACCCCGACGCCGAUGCCAAAGACAACCGCCGCUGCAGCAUCCGCUCCUCCUAACGACACUGCCCCUAAUGGCAAAGCCGCUACCACCACCAGCGAUCCCACCACCACCACCACCACCACCAACAGCGGUAGCUUCGUCGCCGCCCGCCUCCCCAGCUUCGCCACGCCGGCAAAGCGCAACCUAUCCCCCAACGCGACGCCCGCGCCGCAGCGCCACGGCCGCCAGCCGUCGGUGUCGUCGACGCCGCUGGCGCAAGCGUCCGAGACGAUCAACCGCGUCCUCGCCAGCGCUGAGGCGGAGCACCGGCGCGAGCUCGAGGCCGCCGAGGAAAAGCGCAUGGACGCUGAGCUCGAGCUCGAUGGCGUCAAGGCUGAGCACAAGAGGGAGGUGGAGGCGCUCCAGGCUGAGCACCAGCGUGAGCUCGAGGUGGCCGAGGACAGGCGCAUAGCUGUCGAAGUCGAGAUCGGGGACGUCAAGGUUGAGCAUGCGAGGGAGCUGGAGGCUCUUGCGGCCGAGCACCAGAGGCAACUCGAGGAGCAGCGUGACGAGCAGCGCCAGCAGUGGGAGGGGGAGAAGUCGGAGUUGGUGGGCAAGAAGGAUGAGGCUGAGGAGGAUCUGGGGCUUUUGGUGGAGAAGUAUAAGACUCUGGAAACUCGAUCUGAUGAACUAGAGCGGCGGAAUGAGGCUCUGGGAAAGUGGGCUAGAGACCUCGAGACGGACAUGGAGCUGUCUGAGCCGAAGAUUCGGGAGCUGGAGAAGAGCAAGGCAUCUCUUCAACAGGAGGUCAGCGACUUGCGGAACGAGAGCAAGGCUCAGAAGGAUGACUUUGAGAAGACGUGCGCUGCUCUUGAGGACGGAAAGAAGAAGCUUGCGAGCAACGUGGACAAGCUUGAGGACGAGAAGAAAGAGAUGCAGAAAAGGAUCGACGAACACGCUCGAGACAAAACGAGCAUGGAGAACACAAUCUCCGGACUGCAAACCGAUAAGAAGAAGCUGCAGACGGACCUUGAUAAGAUUAGGGAGCAAGUUUCUACCGCAUCGCGACAGUACACCGCCUUGCACGCUACUCUGAUUAACAGUCUGAACGAUGCCACCGCGUUGGGCGGAUGUCUGCUCCGGGGCCUUGAUGACAAGGAUCCUAGCACUAAGUAA